AUGUCUGAGACCACGAAACCCGCUGCUCCAGGCCAGGCUGCGGAUGAGAAGGAGAAGGCAGCUCCUGCACCAACUCCAUCCCUCGACCCUGCUCCUGUCGCAAACAGCAAGGGCGAGGAGCCCUCCCAAGAAGCCUUCAGGAUCGUUGUCUUCGACCAGGAGAACUUCCAGGGCAGGCAGAUGGAGUUCACCGCCGAGUGCCUGAACCUGGCCGACCGUGGCUUCGACCGGGUGCGCAGUGUCAUUGUCACCUCUGGACCCUGGGUGGCCUACGAGCAGGCCAACAUGCGUGGGGAGAUGUUCAUCCUGGAGAAGGGCGAGUACCCUCGCUGGGACACCUGGUCUAGCAGCUACCGGAGCGACUGCUUCAUGUCCAUGCGUCCCGUCAAAAUGGAGGCUGAGGACCACAAAAUCUCCCUCUACGAGUCUGCUGACUUCAAGGGCAACAAGAUGGAAAUCCAGGAGGACGACGUGCCCAGCCUCUGGGCUUAUGGCUUCUGCGACCGCGUGGGCAGCGUGCAGGUGCCCAGUGGAACCUGGGUCGGGUACCAGUACCCUGGCUACAGAGGCUACCAGUACCUCUUUGAGACCGGAGACUUCCGACACUGGAACGAGUGGUCUGCCUUCCAGCCCCAGAUCCAGUCCAUCCGCCGCAUCCGGGACAUGCAGUGGGACCAGAAGGGCACCUUUGUCACCCCCGACGCGCCCUCCGACUGAGCGUGCC